AUGUGGCUGUCCCUGGCGGUCGUUGCGGGCCUGUACUACCUCCUGCGCUGGUACCGGGAGAGGCAGGUGGUGAGCCACCUGCGGGACAAGUUCGUCUUCAUCACGGGCUGUGACUCGGGCUUCGGGAACCUGCUGGCCAGGCAGCUGGACCUGCGAGGCUUGAGGGUGCUGGCUGCAUGUCUGACGGAGCAGGGCGCCGAGCAGCUGAGGAACCAGACGUCCGACAGGCUGGAGACGGUGAUCCUGGACGUCACCAAGACGGAGAGCAUCGCUGCGGCCGCCGAGUGGGUGAAGGAGCGUGUGGGGGACAGAGGACUCUGGGGUCUGUUGAAUAACGCCGGCAUUUGCACACCCAUGGCUCCCAAUGAGUGGCUGCACAUAGAGGACUUCGAGAGGAUGCUAGACGUGAACGUGUUGGGGGUGAUCGAGGUGACCCUGAGUCUGCUGCCCCUAGAGCGGAAGGUGAGGGGCCGUCUGGUCAAUGUCUCCAGUGUCAUUGGCAGGUUGAGUCUCUUGAGUGGGGGCUGCUGCAUGUCCAAGUACAGCGUGGAGGUCUUCUCGGACUCCCUCAGGCUUCUCCUGAGGCUCUGGGGAUAUUAGGAAGAAAGGGCCAAGUUUUAUGGCUGAGGAACAGGGAUCCAAUAGCACACAUCUGUGUCCUGUUCCUGGAGCAGCCUCUCAAGGCUCUGAGCCUCAUGGCCUUCUGCCACCCUGAGGAAUCUGCACUGUUUGGACCGUGUGAGCAGCUGGCAGGGGGCUCGGUCCCACCAGCUUCACCUCUGAUCACCUCCUCGGGAUGUGCCUUGGUUUCCCCAUCCCACAGGAUGGAAAUGGCCUGGAGGAGGCAAAGGGUCAUCUCUCUACUGAAAAUACCUGUGGGCAGGGCUUGGGGAUGCACAGGGCAAGCACCAGCCUGACCCAUCAGCCUCACGUGCCAACUGAAGGAAGGCCAGCCAUCAGAGUGAGCAGCAUUCUUGGUCCUGGGAGAAGAGCCCUCUGUGUGGUCCUGCAGCCUGCCCGUCCCCCAUUCCAUGGCCUGCGUUUUUCUGAUGCUGGGAGUUCAAGUCCAGGGAAGUGCUGCCUGGGCCAGCGGCCAGCAGGCAGGCCCCUGCGAUGGUGAGUCAGGCCCAGGCCUGUCUUGGGGCAGUUCCAAGUCAUUCUUUUUCAGGCCUGGAGACAAACCCCUGGAUCUCACCAACUGGGACCGUCUCAAGAACUGGGACACUCCUGGGCCUGCUCCUGAGUGACAUUGCCUGACUUCUCCUAGCCAAGACUUCCUGUUCAUUCACCAACGAGGCAGACAGAGUUCUGAGAUGCCUCCUAGA